CAUUCUAUAAGAAAAAGAAAUAUAUUUAGUGAAUUUAAACAGUUUUUGCAGUCAAAAACGAGUGUUAUAUUUUAAAAUACUGUGUCUGUGGAGCCAACUAAUAAACAAUUCACACACUGGUUCCAUUUAUAUGACUAAGCCAGCAAUUAGCUGAAAAACAACAGUUGAAGAAAACCGGUGAUUUUAAGCCUUUUCAAGCAUUUUUAAAUCAUGGGUCCAAAUGGACUCGCUAACACCACAGGUGUAAACGGCUUUCUAACACAAUACAAGGGUUCAAUGAUUUAGUUCAUGUUUCUGUUUUAACCUGCAUCCUGUUGGCUUCAGCUCUCUGCUUUUAUUCUUUAUUCAGGUUGAAGAGCUGCAGCUUGUCAGAGAUCAGCUGUUCUUCUCUGGGCUCAGCUCUGAUGUCCAACCCGUCCCAUCUGACAGAACUGGACCUGAGUCACAACCACCUGUGUGGUUCUGUAGUGAAGGAUCUCUGUGGUUUCCUGGAGAGUCCAGACUGUAGACUGGAGGUUCUGAGGUUGAAGAGCUGCAGCUUGUCAGAGAUCAGCUGUUCUUCUCUGGGCUCAGCUCUGAUGUCCAACCCGUCCCAUCUGACAGAACUGGACCUGAGUCACAACCACCUGUGUGGUUCUGUAGUGAAGGAUCUCUGUGGUUUCCUGGAGAGUCCAGACUGUAGACUGGAGGUUCUGAGGUUGAAGAGCUGCAGCUUGUCAGAGAUCAGCUUUUCUUCUCUGGGCUCAGCUCUGAUGUCCAACCCGUCCCAUCUGACAGAACUGGACCUGAGCGAUAACCCCAUGUCUGGUUCUGUAGUGAAGGAUCUCUGUGGUUUCCUGGAGAGUCCAGACUGUAGACUGGAGGUUCUGAGGUUGGUGAAAGGUGGGUUGUCAGAGAUCAGCUGGUCUUCUCUGGGCUCAGCUCUGAAGUCCAACCCGUCCCAUCUGACAAAACUGGACCUGAGAGGGAAUGACCUGAAGGCUCCAGAUUUUAAACAGCUGCUGGGUCUUGUGGAGAGUCCAGACUACAAGCUGCAGACUCUGAGGUGGGAGUCAUGAUGACCUUUGACCCUUUGACCAGGAGAGAAGAUGAGCUGAGUCCUGAUGGUCCUCAGAGGCUGAAGCAGCAGUUUGUGUAGAAAGAGACUCAGACUGGAUCAUGAUGAUGAAUGUUUUAUUUUUCUGGAUUUUAGAGCAACAUCUUCUGCUUCUGUGUUUUUAUCUCUGGGAGAAAACUUUAAAUGAUCAAUAAUUUCAAUGUAAAACUUGAACGACAACAAUAAGAGCAGCUCCAUGGGAGCUUCUUCAGGAAGGAACUGAGACUUUUUUCAUCCAUUUCCUGUGAACUGGUGAUCUGUUGAUGUUAAAACAGAAAAGCUGUUAGAUGUUUUCUGUCUUUUAUCUCCAAAUCCAGAUUGGAUCUUCUAGCUUUUCUGUUUACGCUGAAUCUCUGUUAGAUGAACAUCAGGUGUAGCGUCCAGCAAUGGUCAGUUUAGGUACAGCCUGACCUUUCACCAUCCAUUCAACAUCUGGUCAGAAAGGAGACACAACAUUGCUUGUGUUCCUUUUAAAUGAGUCUGGCUUCACACCAGCUGGCAUUCACAGACUCCGCUAGUCUGAAAGAUAAACAAUAACUUUCUUUCCCCAAGGUCCCUCCCAUCUGUCUGCCUCCAGAAGAAAGAAGAUCCAGCUCAAAUCAGUUGCUAAAUUCAACAAUGAUUUAAUAAAUCAAUAUGAACUUCUUCCAAGACUUAUGAUCUAGAUAAUCAUUAAAUAAACGUUUGUUUAAUGCUACUUAUAAUCAUUAUAUUAUAGUGAAAUGCUUCAUUAAUUUGUGCUCAAUAAUUGAAGGGAAAUGAGUGUUGUCUACUAAGACUGCCAUGUGUUCAACAUGUUUAGACGACAGGUCCUCACACCUGCACUCGCACAUAACAAGUACGGCUAAGUUAAACCCUGACACACAUAGUAUUAACCCAGUCAGAACAUUCUAUAUCAAAGAAGAAGUGUUUCUGAGUUGUCUUGGUAAAACAUCUCCAAACUUGUCAGCCUCUGAUUGGCUGUGCAAAUAUUAACAGCUAAACCUUAAAACUAGAGCAUUCUGAGAGAUUCGACAGUUCUAGAGAAUCGCUCAGUCCGGCCAUCUGUAGCAAAACCUCUUUAACCAUCAAAGAUUUUGACACGUCGUCAAAACCUUUUUGCACCUGCAAAGCUGAUGAGCAAACAGUUCGACUCCUUAAGAGUUCCAUCCUGACUGUUGUGACCCGAGACAUCUCUGGACUGAAGAGUCGGUACCACGGUAUUCUACAGCCCUCCGGUGCCAGCGGUCAGCCGACCCCUGUGCCUUUCGGAUCCACCAAGAGGGUCUCUAUGAAACGGGUAAAGUAGACAUGACAGAUUGCGUCUGAAUGUUCUUCUGAUGAUAACAACUUUAUAGCUUAGAGCAAACCAAAUUCUUUUCACCAGAACUCAGCUUAUUUUGAUAAGGAAGCUCUGACUGACAUCUCAUUUACACAUAGGUUCCUUCAGCACGUUUAGUUACAUGCACUCACAGUAAAUGCUUAGGUGAUUAGACAUGUUUUCAUUGUUUGUCAAAUAAAUUUUUACUUUUAUAAA